CCCCCGCGCGCCCGAUCCCGAGCUCAACUUCCCGAGCUGACGUCAGCGGGCAGCCCUGGCAGUGCGCGCGCUCGGAACGCUGAGCUCCGGGGGGAAAUGCUGCUCUCCGCGCCGCCGCGCGCGGGACCAGGCCCGUAUAACGGCUUCUCCGGCCGGAACAGUAAGAAGCAGGCCUAUGUGUCCUCCAGCCACCAGAUGGUGUCCCUCAGUCCCAACACCAACAGCAGCAGCGCUAGCAGUGCAGCGGGAGGGGAACAACUCAGCAAAACGAAUCUCUACAUUCGGGGUCUUCACCCCGGAACCACCGACCAGGACCUGGUGAAGCUCUGCCAGCCGUUUGGUAAGAUUGUGUCCACCAAGGCCAUCCUGGACAAAACCACCAAUAAGUGUAAAGGCUAUGGAUUUGUUGAUUUCGAUAGUCCUGCAGCAGCACAGAAAGCUGUAACGGCACUGAAGUCUGGGGGGGUUCAAGCUCAAAUGGCCAAGCAGCAGGAACAGGACCCCACUAACCUGUACAUCUCCAACCUGCCUGUUUCUAUGGACGAGCAGGAGCUGGAGGCCAUGCUGAAGUCCUUCGGUCAGGUAGUCUCCACCCGUGUUCUCCGCGACGCCAACGGGACGAGUAGGGGCGUUGGCUUUGCGCGGAUGGAAUCCACAGAAAAAUGUGAAGCAAUAAUUCAACAUUUUAAUGGAAAAUAUAUCAAAACUCCUCCAGGAGUGCCAGUGCCGGCGGAACCUUUGUUAUGUAAAUUUGCUGACGGUGGACAGAAGAAGAGGCAGAACCAUGGAAAGUUCCUGCAUAACGGCCGACCGUGGGCGAGAGACACGGACACGGGAGGACUGACCCUAACCUACGACCCCACAGCCUUACAGAACGGGUUUUCUUUUUUUAGGUUUUACUCGUCUCCGUACAGCAUCGCUCCAAACAGAAUGAUCACCCAGGCCUCGCUGUCUCCGUACCUCUCCUCCCAAGUGCCGUCCUAUCAGGUCCACAGCCCAUCCUGGAUGCAUCAUCAGUCGUACCUCAUGCAGCCGACGGGGACAGUUUUGACCCCGACUAUGGACCACACCAUGUCCAUCCAGCCCACCUCUAUGAUGGGCCCCCUCGCCCAGCAUCUCAGCCAGCUGUCGCUGGGCAGCGCCGGCACGUUUCUGACUGCAAACACUGCUAUGCAAGGGACUUACAUCCCACAGUUCCCAGUGCCUCCCUCUAGUGUCCCAGUCGAGGAAAACGGUGGGCAGCUCUCUCUGGACUCUCCAGAACACUCCAAUUUCUCCUACCAGCAAAACAAAUGAAAAGAAGGAAGUGAUUGGUACUUGUUACCCAGGACGACGGUGAGGAGGACAGGAAACAAACAUAAAAAUGAGAAAAGAAUUGUUUUUUAGUAGAAAAGAAAGAAGAAAGGAUGUAGGUCUUUUUUCGCUCUUCAGCGAAACUUUAGAUCCGCAUAGAUCCGAAUAGAUCCGAAUAGAUCCGAACUUUUUUCGGAUCUAUUUUAAUAUCCAAAAAGAAAAAAAUUAUAAAAAUCUGCAAAAAGGGUAAAACAGACACGCCGAUAUUAAACAGCAAAUUUUAACGUUUUAUAAUUAUUUUUAGUGUUGAAGAAAGUUUAAACACAAUGUGUCUUUCAUUAUUUUCUCUAUUUAGUUUUUGUUGUGUUUUGUAAAGCCUUUAUUUUCUAUAUUUGUUCAUUUUUUCAAUCAGCAGCUGAACUUAUUUUUGUACAGAUUCAGACUCGAACAGUGCAUUAUAUUUUGAAUUUGUUCUGAUGUUUUUAGCCUCAUGUCAGAGUGAACCAUUUAAAGCCACUUCUUCAUCUCAGCCCAAUGGAAAACAUCUAACAAACAUUGUAGACAAAUAUGAUUUAUAGAAGCUAGUUUGUUAUUGUAUAACUUAUUUCUGUUCAAAAUUGCAACAGACAAUCAUUAUUUUAUUAUUUAUUUGUAAGAAUAUGGUCCAUUGUAAAAUAUAGUUAAUAAAAAGACAAAAUAAAAUGACUUUAUUUUUCAAAAACAAUAGCAAAUCUUAGAUUAGAAGUUUAUAACAGUUUAUCAGCAAUUUAGACUUUGACCAAAAUAAACAAAUUUUCCAGAGCACAGAUAAUAAUAUAUUCUAUAUGUAGAAUAAAGAUAUAUUUCUACAUGCUGAACUUUUUGAAUAUAUACAUAUAUAGAAAAGUAACAUACUAUUAAGCAAGUUACGUUUCUAUAUAUACAGUUCUAGCUAUGUUAUGUGAUUUAUUCACAAAGAAAGCUGCAAUGGAUUUAAAUAUUAGAGUUGGCUGUUCAGAGUCAAUUCUAAAAAGGUGAUUCUUUAAUUCAGAGAAUCAAAACUCCAUAGCUUCACUUUAGCAAUUCGGCUCGAAUUAGAAAUAAGAAGGAUUUUGCACAAACCAGUUUCAGUUAUGAUUGAACUUUGGUGAAGAAGUGAUUUUAAGCAAUUUUAGGUGCCCCAAAUAAAAGGUUCUGAAAACGACAAGGCCUUUAUACCUGUCUAGAACCGUCACAGUAUUAUAAGGAAAGUCAUACAACGUUUCUGGAAGGGCAUGUGUUGUUGGUUUCAAUUGGCAUGUUAUUAUUUGUGAAAAACUAGUAGGAAUAGAAGAUUUUGGUGCCGUAUUUUGUCAUUAACAAUGUUAAAACAAGUUUAAAACAAUGCUAGGCUAGAGUUAGCAAGAGUUAACAGGAGAGAACAGGAGUUAACAGAGCGUGCUAAUGAGAGUUAAGAAAAGAGUUAUUGAGAUUUAGCAGGAGUUUGUUAGAGUUAGCGGGAGUUAGUAAGAUUCAGUAAGAGUUAGUGAAAGAUAGUGAGAGUUAGCUGGAGUUAUUGAGAGUGAGCAGGAGUUAGGAAGGUUUAGCAGGGGUUAGCAGGACUUAGAGGGUUAUUGAAAGUUAGCAGGAGUUAGUGAGAGUUAGUAGGAAUUAGUAUGAUUUAGUGAGAGUUAACAAGAGAGUAAAGCGAGAGUUGGCGUGUGUUAUUGAGAGUUAGCAGUAGUUAGCGAGAGUUAGCAGUAGUUAGUGAGAGUUAGCAAGAGUUAGCGAGAGUUAGCAGUAGUUAGAGAGAGUUUGCAGUAGUCAGUGAGAGUUAGCAGUAGUUAGCGAGAGUUAGCAGUAGUUAGUGAGAGUUAGCAGGAGUUAGCGAGAGUUAGCAUGUUAUUCUUUAGUUUUCUGCAGUGCUGCGGUUCUGUCUUUUCUGGGUUUUCUAGUGUUUAUUUUUCAUUGUAUUUUUCUUUUCUCUGUAGAUGAUUGAGAACUUUUAUUUGUAGAAAAGAAACUUUAGGACUUUUUGCGUUGCAGGACUCGCAGUUUCACCCAGGAACGUUUUUCUCUUUUUUUUCUAACUGCACUGUUUUGGUUUUUGUAGUUUUAUAGCUCUUUGAGAAAACAUUGCCAUUAGUGAAUUAGUGAUUUUUUUGUGAAUUUGUUUGUGUUAAGCAUUCUGUGAGAACAUCUGCCUAAGGUGCCUAAUGUCAGGCGUGGGUUAGAGAGGUAUAAAGCUCCCAGCAUUGAGUUGUGGAGCAGUGGAACUGUGUUCUCUGAAAUGGUGGAACUUUUGGGACAAGCUGGAAAAAGAGAAGUAAUCACCCAAGAUUCUCCUCACAGCAAUGUUCCAGCGUCUAGUGUAAAGUUUUGUGAAUAAAGUAGAGGCUGUUCCUGCAGUAAAGUGGAACUCCCUUAAAUAACCUGUAUAAUUCCCUUAAAUAACCUGAAGUCUCUUCAAACAGCCUUCAUUUAUAUCUUUAUUAUGCGUAAAUAUUGCUAUUGUCUGUUACCAAAGAUGAUGAAGCCAUCUGCUGAAAGCAUCAUGUGCAUUUAGAUUUUAGUAGGAGACUAGGAAGUUGAGGGACAUUAAGAUAAUUAGGUUAUAAAUUAAGUAAAUACAUUUUUUAAAACAUCUAUGAAUUGAGGAAGUCUGGCCUGAUCUGAUCUUCUGUCAGAGAGAGAAAUCCAGAUUAGAUCUGGCACUCCUGAUUGGACCAGGUCCAGGCUUUAGUCUGUUAUUUUUCAUAGGGGGCGCUGUGAGAUUAAAUGUGGCUUUAACACUUUGAUUUUUUUUUUUGCUAUCUUAAUUCUGUCUGUAUUUUAUGUUCUCUGUCGGUUUGAUAGAACCGCUAAUGUUCUUUAAACAGAUUCACAAACCUGCCGUUCACCUCAUGAAGGAAUUUUCUUUUAUUGUUUUAAUUGUUUUGUCACUACAGAUCCAAAAACACAACAUUGAGUUUUGAAACUAUGAAAUGAUGAGUUGUUACAUCACAGUGUUGUUAAUUGUUUAUUAGUUAUUUAUUUUUCAGCUGUCAGAUGAGAUGAAAUAUUUAAAUGAUAUGGAAAUAAUAAUAAUGUUUUAAUGGAUGAAAUUUGUAGGGUGCAAGAAAGGCAAACAAUUAUUUUUAUCUUGAAAAUAAAUAUUUUGUCUUUUAAGUUUUAGUGAGUUUUUAAAUUUAAGCAUAAUUUACCCUCUUUACUGCAAUGCGCAUCCACCCAAUCAUAAUUGUAUCAUUUUUAAUUAUGAAUGUAUUGUAUUAUGAAGAGUAAGAGUUUGAGAGGAACUUGUUCAGAGUGUGGGUUUAAGAUAAACUUGUUCUGAGUGGUUAGAUUGAGAUUAACUAAUUCAGGAUAUCCUUGUUCUGAAUGGGGGUUUGAAUAAUUCUGACUGGGUUAUUUUAUCUGGAACAGACCAUUCUACCAAACCCAGUCUCAUCACUUUGUUUGCAUUUUAAAUUACGCCACGAUUGAGAAAUUGUAAAUUGUAAGACUGAUGUGACAGUUUGCCCACAUGUAAAUGUUUAUUUAUUAGAAAAACACCAACGUGCAUUAUUUUUGCUGCUGCUUUUCUUCAGCGUAUUUCAUAGUUUCAAAACAUUCAGCUGCUAUAAUGGAAGGUUGAAGCAGUUCAUUAGAUAAACGGCAGACUAAUUCCAGCUCAAUCCUGCAGAAUUCAGAGUUUGAAAAUGUGCCUCGAAGAACUGAGGAGCUAGUGGUGCAGUUCUGUAAAUGCUUCAAAAUAAUCCAUAACUAUAUUUGUUUAUAGUUUAUUAAACAGAGUGUGUAUAAUAGUGUUGUGUUGGGAGGGGUGUUGUACAGAAACAUUAGUGUGUGCAAAACACGAUCUGCCUUAAUUUACUCCCAUUAGCAUAUAGAUAAUGCAGUCUGUAUUAAUUCUAUCUAAAGCAAUACUGUAAACAUAACAUAGCACCACUGUGCAGCUCUAACAUGGUGUUUGUUUAUGUAAACAAAUAUGCAAUUUCUGUGAAAUCUGUAAUUGAUAUAUUUUCAUAGUAUAACUUAAGUCUCUUCAACUUAGUUAUAUUGGGUUGGGAGAUUAUCAGUUACCGAGUCUCGACAGCCGUCCAUGAACUCUGAAUUUAGCAGGUUUGUAGUGAUUUUUAAUCAGACACACGGCUUCUCUGCUGAACUGCUUAUUAAAACCUUCCAUAUUUAUAUAAAGACUCAUAUUGUACAGUUUGCAGGGCGGAGGAGUUUUAGGUGUUUUGAUAUUAUUUUGUUUUUGGUUUAGGAUAUUAUCCGGUUUAGCUAGCCGGUGAAUUUGUCUUCCUGUGCCACAGAUGCUGUUUUUUCUGUUACUCUGUUUUUUAUUUGAUGAAAAAAUGUUUUCAGUUUUGCUCUUUUUGAAGUUUAUCUGUUCAUUUUUUUCCUUUUUUAAUAAAAAUGUUUUUAAUCAUUGUAAAA